ACCUACCAAUACCGAUAGGUCCGCUACCUAUAAAGUAAGGGGUAACACCAAAAAACGAUCCAACUUCGCCCUUAAUUAAUUAGGUAGCCCUGUACCUACCUAGGUACCUCUUGUGCAACAUUCUAGUGCUUAUCUCUUCUAUCUAGACAGUAAGAUUACCUGUAACUAAUACCUAAUGGCCUUUUUACAACCUUCUAAUAUUGCAACUUCAACUUAACCCCUUCACUUUCUCUCCGCAGGCAUACGACGGCAAGCGGCAAACGUUGAACAUCAUGGCAUCCAAAUCUGAGAUCAUGGGUUUGAAGUUCACGCCAACUACACACCAUGCUCCUUAUCCAGCGAUCGAUGUCAAACCCGGAUCUCUGCCCUCGCCAUUCAACGUGUGCAUUGCAGGAGCAAGCCGAGACAUCGGUGCUAACAUAGCGUAUUCUUUUGCUAUAGCGGGCGCUACGGCGAUUGGAAUCUGCGCUCCUCCGGCAGAAAUUGACGUAUCCCCCAUUCCUUCUAAGCUGCAAGAGUUGAACCCCUCCACACGUUUAAUAUACCUGCCAUGCGACGUCACGCUGCCUUCGGAAGUUGAGGAGUUUUCUUCAAAGAUUCGAAAUGCGCUUGGCCAUAUCGACGUCUUGGUUUAUAAUGCUGGUUACUUUGGGCCAUGGGAGACUCGUACUGCGAGUACUCCCCACGACUUCACUACUGCAAUGAGCGUUAACUGCACUGGGCUCUAUCUUUUUACCCAUUUCAUGCUUCCACUCUUGCAGAAGAGUGCAUAUGGGGCUGGUGCCGUCGUAUCCAUCUGUUCCACCGGAAUGCAUGCGACCGGAGGGCCAGGAACUAACACAGCAUACGGCAUCAGCAAACUAGCGCAAUGUCGAUUUAUAGAAAUGCUAGCCGCGACAGAACCCGAUACCUUCACUGCUGCAGUAAACCCGGGGAAUGUGAAGACAGCAAUGGGCAAGGUCAUUCCUCAGGAGCUCUUCAACGCACUUCCUGACGAUCCGAGACUUUGCGGCAGCUUCCUUGUCUGGCUUGUCAGAGAACGUAGAAUGUGGCUAAGCGGACGAUAUUUAUCAUCCAAUUGGGAUGUAGAUGAGCUCAUGUCCAAGGAAGCUGAGGUUGUUGAGCACAAUAAGCUGAAGAUGCGAAUGGUCUGGUGAUUGAGAGGCGAUUGUGUAUUGCGUUUGGCUACCAUUUCACUCAUUGAUUUCUCAUUACUAGCACUGGCUUGUGACGCCUCCUUGUGCUUGUGGUACUGCUUUUUAACUAGGAAACCGGGCAGCGAUUAAGACGAUACUUCUCUUAUAUCAUGUAUCUCUCUGAUAAGCGCACCAAGUUCGAGAAAAGUAAAGAUCUUCAUAUA